UUUAUGAGAGCAUAGAAGAAAACGAAACCGAAAGUAACUUGUUGGUUUCUGAGGUCAGACGGGUAUUCCCAUUUCAGCCUGAACAUUGUUAUGGUCGAAGCUCGGUCAGAACUCGUUGAGAGAAAAGUCCAAAAGUCGGAAUAAACGGUUAACCUGAGCAGUGAAACUUACUGCAGCAGAAAUGGCUCACAGGAAGAAAAGGAAAAUGUCAGAGUCUUCUUCAGUUUCUGAAGAAGCAACAUGCUCCUUCAUUGAGGACAGUUCACAGUUGAGUGGGACUGACCUCGUUGCUCCCAGUGUUGCGUCUAUGAAGAGUGAUAGUUCGAAGGAUGAGGGAAUUUUCUUUAGACUUGGAGAGACUCCAAGGUCAGAGUUAAGUGGGACUGACCUUCCUACUCCGAGUGUUGCGUCUAUGAAGAGUGAUAGCUCCAAGGAUGAGGGAAUUUUCUUUGGACCUGGAAAGACACAAAGGUCACAGUUGAGCGGGACUGGCCUUCCUGCUCCAAGCAUUGUGUCUAUGAAGAGUGAUAGUUCGAAGGAUGAGGGAAUUUUCUUUAGACUUGGAGAGACUGAAAGGGAACAAAGCUACUGUUACAUAUGUGAAGAGAUUUUAAAGGAUUCAGUCCAGUUUGGUUGUAGACACUGGGCAUGCAGUCGUUGUGCAGAGUCGGCACUGGACCAAUCAGCUUCAACACUGAAAGAGAUUUGUCCAAAGUGUGAAAAGAAACCCAAGAAAGCACACGAUGAAGACCAAGUUUUAAGGGUGAAGAAGAACCUUCAAAAAAUCAUGCAUAAGAAAUUUUCUUUCACCUCAGAAGGUAAUGGUGAUCAACAAAGUUCACUGAAAGACAUCUACACAAUUCUCUACAUCACCAUUGGUGAGAAUAAAGAACUUUCUGAAGAACAUGAGUUUAGACACCUAAAAGGCAGUCGUCAAACGCAGCCAUCAUUGGAUUCCUCAGUGAAACUCACUGAUAUCUUUAAACCUUUGUCGGACCAAGAUAAACCCAACAGAACAGUCGUAACUAAGGGAGUUGCAGGCAUUGGAAAAUCAUAUUCUGUUCAGAAGUUCAUCCUUGACUGGGCUGAGGAGGAAGCAAACAAAGAUGUUGAUUUUGUUUUCUGUCUUACUUUCCGAGAGUUGAAUCUGGUUACAAGACAGAAAAGCCUCAAUGAUCUGCUGGUAGAAUUCAGGAUGUUAGACUGA